CGGAACCAGGCGGAAGUAGCGCUCAUAAUUUCCUGAGUCAUCCUCCUGCGUUUGAAACCGGCCAACCGGAGCUUUUUUUUUGCGCAGGAUUCAGCAGCUUUUUAACGUCAGGUGUAAACGCGCCGAGCGAUGGCGGGCUCCGUGUCUAACGUGGAGGUCUGUAACUUGGCGUUCAGCGGCCAGCUGGAGGAAUUAAGACAGGCCAUCCUGUCCGAGAAAGCCCUCGCCAGCAAAGCGGACCAGGACGGCAGGACCGCUCUCCACUGGGCUUGCUCCGCCGGACACACCGAGGUGGUGGAGUUUCUGCUCAGCCUGGGAGUCGAGGUCAACCUGCAGGACGACGCCGCAUGGACCCCUCUGCACAUCGCCGCAUCCGCAGGCAGAGAGGACAUCGUGAGGUCCCUGAUCGGCAAAGGAGCCCAGCUGAAUUCAGUCAACCAAAACGGAUGCACCCCUCUGCACUAUGCCGCCUCUAAAGACAGAUAUGAGAUCGCCUUGCUGCUGCUGGAAAACGGAGCCGACCCCAACGCCACCGACAAGCUGGACUCCACUCCCCUGCACAGAGCGUCGGCCAAGGGCAACCACCGCCUCAUCCAGCUGCUGCUCAAGCAAAGCGCCUCGACGAACAUCCAGGACUCGCAGGGCAACACGGCACUCCAUCUCGCAUGUGACGAGGAACGGGUGGAAGCCGCCAAGUUGCUGGUAGAACACGGUGCCAGCAUUUAUAUCGAGAACAAGGAGGAGAAGACCCCGCUCCAGAUGGCCAAGGGCGGCUUGGGGAACAUACUGCGUCGGAUCGUGGAGGGGUGAUGCGUUCGCUGACUCGUUGGUCGGGUUUUGGCUAAAACCUCCAACGUCGCAUCCUGGUGAAAGCUGCCAUCGCUUUCAGUCCUUCUUGAGCAGGCCUGUUGUUGUUGUUUUUUGGUGUGAUCAGUGACACGUGAAAGAGGCAACGGUGACUGAGAAGAGGGUGGGUCUGUUCUGGAGCCUGAUCAGUACGUCCUUUUGGGGCUUUUAAACUGAUAUGUCUGAAAAGGCUAAGGACAGUCUUCCUAGCAACAGUGCGUUUUCUGUAAAAAUUGAAGUAUAGAAAUGGGGCAAAAAGGAAAGAGUGGCGAUAACAUCUGGUUGGAAUAAACUUCUUGCAUCCGAAUAAAAAUCAAUGCGUUGAUUGUUGUUGCA